AUUUUACAUGCAGAUAUAGAGAAUAUGGUUUAUAAAAACAACUGAAAAAUAUUGCUUCCCUGAUUUCUACUGAUGGCUCCAGAACCAGAUUAUUCAGCUAUGUCGACGGACAUUGUGUUGAAAGGAACACUUCGAAAAGCUAAAACUUGGAAUAAAAGAUUCUUUGUAUUAAGAGAUGGCAACCCUCCAAAACUUGAAUAUUAUGAAAACGAACGCAAAUGGAAAGUUAACAAACCAAAGCGACAAAUAAGUUUGGGCAACCCUUGGAAUAUCGAUAAAAAGAAAGAUACAAAACACGAAUUCUUAAUCGUUAUAUUCACGAAAGAUGAAUAUUUUACAAUGGCAGCAGAAAGCGCAGACGUUCAACAAACUUGGAUCUCUGCUUUGCUUAAAACUGUCCGGCCUGCUGCUGGUUUGACAAUGUUCAAAUACAUCUGGCAAGUUGUGUUGGAGAACAAAGAACUUGAAAUGAGCAGCAGCAACCUUAGUUUACACGGCCAACAUCGUAUUUGUCUCACUCAUGACUCUAUGGUGUUCGUGGCUUGCAAUGAUCGCUGUAAUAAUACACCUGCCGAGAUUCUUAUUACUAACAUAAGGUUGUGUGGGCACAAAGAGAACAUGUUCUUCAUCGAACCAGGGCGUGCGUCAGGCAUCGGGAACGGAAAGUUAUGGAUGGACGUUGGCGACGACGCCAUGGCUGCACAGAUGCACACCACGAUACUUAACGUUAUGUACGCGCUUCGACAGGAAGAAGCAAGUUGCAGUUACAGGGGAAGAUCCAAUAGUUCAGGUUCAAACUCAAGUCGGACACGAACAACACGUACCCACCAUAACCCACCACCCAGCCAGAUAGGGAUGGGCAAAAUUUCAUCGGCUAAACGUAAUCGAUGUGACAGCUUGCCUGCCUCCCAUGUUGUUGGGUUGCAAGAUUCAAGGUUACGCACAGGUAGCGAGGGUGAGAACACGAUGAAACGACCACUAAGAUACAACAGUAUGCGACUCACUUAUGGUUCAACAAGUCCUGGUAUGAGGAAUCGAUUAACACCGACGUACAAACGUAUGAGUCAACAUCACGUCUCACAUUCACAUACAUCAUCCUUGCCUGGCAGUUGCAACAGCUCAAGCACAGCGUCAAGCACCGAACAUAUCAACCAUGACUUUUCAUCUGGUUACAUGAGUAGUUCUAUCACAUGCUCCGCGCAUACAAGCGAACCAACAUCUGCUGAUGAAUAUGGGAGUAACAGUCCAACCCAGACUUAUAUACGUAAGCAACAAUCUAGUCGCAGCAUUGCUGAUACACAAACAGCAUGUACCCCACCCAUACAAGAGGAUGGGGGUUACUGCCCCACCUGCUCGCAUACAUUCCACCCCCGACACGGUACAGCCCCCCCACCCCUGACACUCAACCCCCCUCUAACCCCCUCACCCACGAAUAUACCAAUGUACCCACACACUCACGCACACAUUCACUUGAUGAUAAUUUAAGUUGCGGAACAUCAUCACUGUCAGCUUCCCCCCACCACAUAUACGAAGCCGAGGAUAAACACGAUGAACAAACGUCAAAAAAAGAAUCUGUCGAUGAAUAUUCAGUCAUGGAGUUUAAUAGAAAUCCAAAUAAAUCCCAAGCAAGGCAGGUUAGCCCGCCACAAAACGGGAUUCUUGCAAAGUUUGGUUGGUUUGGCGCGGAUUCCAAAGUUGAUGAAGAUGUCGGUUACGUUCCGAUGAAAUCUGUGACAACCCGGUCGUUGCCGCAAGAGAUUGAACCCCGACGUAAAUCUGACCCCGACAUGACGUUUAGUGUUGAAGGGGCGUGGUCAUUGUACGGCUCAUCCCCUGAGAAAGGGAACAUCAAACCACGACAAUGUUCAUCAUGCACAACAGACGCACAGAGAGUCAACUCAGCUAUUUACACCAAGAUGGCCCCGUCUUCACCACAUUAUAAUUGUCAUCUUAAACUAUCAUCAGAUUAUACCGACAUGACACCAGAAUCUUACGUUGAGCUCAACGAAGAAUAUUUAAGCAUGAAACCGCUAAACAACGGUUUGUCCAACUUGAAAGUUAAAGAUCCCAUAAAUAUUUCACCCGACGGUAGAAACGACAUUGAAGGUUACAUUCCUAUGAGCCCAGUAAGCGCGGGAAAUAUUAUUCCUGGCACCAGGAAGUCCAUUGUCAGCUCUAUAUUAUCAGUUGCCAUGGAGCCCCCUAAACCAACCCCACAGUAUCCUCAUCAACUCAAAUCCUUUUCAACCCAAUCACUCGAUCGAACAAACAAGAAACGACCGAAAUCUCUUGGCUUUCGUCACACAUCGAGUACAAGACGUUCACAAUCUGUGAAACAAAACAAGAAAAAUAUUCCUCCUAUAACUAUUAGUCAAGGUGGUUCCCCACCCGCAAAACCCCCUUUAUCCCCAGGUGGGGACUACGUUAACAUUGACUUUGAGAAAGCUCAAUCGCAAGCACAACAAUCACGGUAUGUUGAAGCAACAAACCAACGGGGCUCUUCUUAUGCCCAUAUGGAAUUUACUUCAUGAUUUAAUAUUAUUUUUGGUGCUUUAAUUGCAUCGUGGUUCUAUUUUUAUAUUCCUUGUACGCUACUUUAUAUAUAUGGGUGACAUUGGUACGAAUAACAUGGUUGGUGGUUAGCACUUGUGUGGUACCUCUCGUAAGUAAGCACUUUACAUACAACCUCAUUUACUCAUGUUGCUGUUCAUGAUGUCAUAACUGAUGAUGUCACACACCUGAAACAGAAUUUAUUCUGUAAAUAAAUUGAAAGUGUGAUGUCGAACCUCAUUGUUAUUUAUUGUCGUGUUUUUAUUCUUUAGUAACUUUCUUCAUUGUCAUAAAGAACUGUCGUCGCCAGUAAAGAGCAUUGCUACGGAA